GCAGGCAGAGGGUUCGCGAUUUCGUCAUUGUUGUUUUUCUUUUUUCACUUCAGUUCGUCGUCGAAUCGGUGGAAAUAAAUCGUGAAAAUCGGUGAAAACCCGUUAGUUCCGGCGGAAUAUCUCACAACCGAUUGAUGCUGUGAUAGGUGCCGCGUGUGGGGACACUCGAGUUGGGUGAAAAAUCUUUCCGGAAAAGGGUGUUAUUUUCGUCGCUAGUCUAGAAUUUUUAGUUGCGUAGAAAAGAAAAAAAAACAAACAAGAAGACGGUUAUCCAGCAGAGCGAGCGAGAGCCUUUCUGUGUGCUGCUGGCGGGGGGCGCAUUCUGUGGAACUAGCCCAAGUCUGUGUCCAGGAGGCGGAACAAAGACGGCGAUUCGCGAGGCUGACAGAUCGGAAGUGCAGCCAGUGUUGUGAUCUUGAAAAAAACAUUAACAUCUCCCGAGUGUGUGGCAAUUAGCAUCCAUUUUGCGUUGUUUGUGGGUUCCUGGUUCCGAAGUUUGGACAAGCAUAUAAGACAACAGGAACCACACCCCCUGCGGAACGCUGGCCGCCAGACGAUAGGUGAACACACUCCGAGAUAAUCCGCGGUCGUUUUUAUGGGAAACAUUGUCCUGCGGAGUCGUGCCCUAGCGAAUAUGAGCGAUAUCGAGUUUGAGGAGGAUGUGGACAUUCAGGAGGACGAUUUGUUCGAAGAUCCGCAGGAGGACGCGGACGAGGCACUGAGCGAGAACCAUCUGGUGUCGAUUCUGCGCCAGCUGAUUAGCAGCAGCGGCGAAAUACAGAUACUAAACAAUGAGCACUUUUACUCGAUGUCCCUGCCAGUUAUCAAGAGACGACCCAAUCUGGACCAGCUGAAGAAAAGUGCCAUCUACCAGAGCAUCAAGCAAGCUUCCGGCUAUGGGGCGGACUCGGGCAGCCCCACGACGCAGUUCAACGUGCUGGGGAUGCUCGCCCAGCGCCAGAGCGGCUUCGGCCCCAAGGGCGGCGCGUUCGUGCAGAGCGACAAGUGCAAGAUCAGCAAUCUGUUCGUGCCGAACCGGACCGAGCGGUCGAUCGUGAACUGCAACUCGAAGGUGUUUUGUGGGCGGUUCUCGCGGGACGGAUCCCAGUUUAUCAGUGCCAGCCAGGACAGCCGGAUUCGGGUGUUUGACGCGAGUAACAGUCAGUAUCCGAUGAUCCGGCAGAUCGAAGCUAAGAACGUGUCGUGGUCCAUCUUGGACAUUGACUUUAGCCCGGACGGAGAGCACUUUGUGUACUCGACGUGGGCGGAUGCUCUGUUCGUGUCCCGCAUGUACAACAUGGCCUCCGACGAUAUUCACUGUCUGUUCCUGCGACCCGAGCGGCAAAAGUUUGGCGUGUUUACCGUGGCGUACUCCAACUGUGGCAAACAGAUCCUGGCCGGCGCAAACGACGGUUGCCUGUACGCGUACGAUCUGGUUGGCAACAGGCGAGUGCUGAUGGUCCCCGUGGCGGAACACGACGUGAACGCCGUCGGGUUCCUGGACGAGACGUCCAACAUAUUCUUCAGUGGCACAGACAAUGGGAUCAUUAAAGUGUGGGACAGGCGUUGCCUUAACGAGGACAGCCCCGAACCUGCUGGGGUGCUGGUGGGUCACUACGACGGCAUCACGUACAUCGACUCCCGGAACGAUGGCCGAUACAUCAUUUCGAACUCCAAAGACCAAAGCAUCAAGCUGUGGGAUUUGCGCGUGUUUUCCCCGGCCGAUGCCGAAAACAAGGUCAAGGAUCACCUCAGCUACGGCAACUGGGACUACCGGUGGGACGAGGUUCCAAAACGAUUCUACAAUCCGACAAAGUCUUUAGAGGGCGACACCAGCGUAAUGACCUACCGGGGUCACCGGGUUCAAAAGAGUCUGAUCAGAGCUAAAUUCUCGCCAGCGGCCACCACCGGCCAGCGAUACAUCUACACCGGGUGCGGCACGGGACGAUUAAUAAUUUACGACACCCUCACCGGCAAAAUUGUACAGGCAAUCGAGAGUCACCGCGACACGGUGCGAGACGUGGCAUGGCAUCCGCACCGGCCGGAAGUGUUGACCUGUUCGUGGGACUUUAACGUGAACCUGCAGACGUUCCAGUGCGCGGAGAACGCGAAAAAGAAGACCUGUCCGUACGCGUCGCGGACGCGCCGCAUCGAGGACACCGACGACGACAGCGAGGACGAGAGCCCCCCGCUGAGGCGGUCGCGCCGCAUCGCCGAGCUGCGGCGGGCCCAGUCAAAUUACGAUUAGGGCGACUUUUUUAAAAACCUUUUGUCUAAGCCCCUUUUUCCCCCUCGGUUCUAGAGCUUUCCCCUUCUUUUUAGCAAACAAAACGGAUAUUUUAGUUUGUUUUCUAAAUUGUCAAUGUAUUUUCUUCUUCUUCUUUUUUCGAUUUAUGCAUGACGGGGAAGUGGAGUGUGUAAUAUAAUAAAUCUAAAAACUAAUAAUUGUGAAAACGGAAGUGGAGUCUUGGAGUGAGAGAACCUUUGCCGGUUCGGUUGGAAUCCUUUGAAUAAAAAUGAAGGAAGAACUUUGUGUUAGAAAGAAUUGAACUAUACUACAGGUGAACGGUUCUUGGUGGAGCCAGCUAUAGUUUAGUUCUAUGAUUGCUAAUGUUUUGAUAUAAAUUAUUACCUCCUAAAUUUUAUUAGCUAACCAGACCGGAUUACAGCAGCAACACGUUACAACGGAUAAGAUUACAAUAAAGACAUCAAUGAGAUUGUUCAAA